AUGCCUCGCGGAUUUGAGACUCCUAAGAAAAAGUGGUCUUUUGAGGCGCCUCAAAAGGUGCUCUUCACGCUAAUCAAAGAGCUCUCAGACGCACAUCCAGAGAUUAAGAGUCCAGAGCAGUCAGCGGCGCUGCUGGGAGGCAUCAAGGUGGAGCUGCCAUCAGAGAGGGAGCGUGAGCUGAUGCAGCAGAUAGCGGAGAUGAGGUGCAAAGUGGCCACGCUGGUGGAUAAUGUUAUCACCUACCGCAAGCGCAACGCGCAACUGAUGCAGCAGAUAGCGGAGAUGAGGUGCAAGGUGGCCACGCUGGUGGAUAAUGUCAUCACCUACCGCAACCGCAACGCCCAGGUCCACGACAGCAAAGUGCCCACGCUGGUGGAUAAUGUCAUCACCUACCGCAACCGCAACGCGCAGUUGGGGAAGCAGGUGGUAGCAUUCCAGCAAAGGAAGGAAGAGAGAACCCUAUUGUCCUUUCUGACCCCUGCUCUGCCCCCACCUCCCCUUUCCCGUGUUUCUCCCGCCUUCCCAUCCCCCGCUCCCCCCCUCCCUCCGUCCCCAUUUGGAGAAGCAGGUCGCAGCAUUUCAGCAGAGGAAGGAGGAGAGAGAGAGGCAGGGGGUGGUGCUGAGGCGGGGGAGGUGACUUCACGGGGUGGUGCUGAGGCGGGGGAGGUGACUUCAGUGAGGGGAAGGAGUGAAGGUGAUAUGAGGGGAAGGAGUGAAGGAGUGGAGAAUGUUGGAUUCGUGGUGGGUACGCCGAAAACGCGGAACGAGAAUAAUUGA